AUGGGUUUAACAGGAAAGCCCAUCGUCAUCGAUGGAAAAGACCAUCUUCUUGGACGUUUGGCUUCUGUCGUCGCCAAGCAACUCCUUUUAGGAGAGAAGGUCGUUGUCCUCAGAUGUGAAAGUAUCAACAUCUCCGGAAACUUCCACAGAUCUAAGCUGAAAUACCUUUCUUUCUUGAGAAAGAGAAUGAAUGUCAACCCAUCUCGUGGUCCAUUCCAUCUUAGAGCUCCCAGCAAGAUCUUCUGGAGAACCGUUAGAGGUAUGCUCCCACACAAGACCCCUCAUGGAACUAAGGCUCUCAAGAGUCUCCGAGUUUACGAAGGAGUACCACAACCAUACGAUCGUCAAACCAAGUUCAAUGUACCUACUGCCAGUAGACAUCUCGGACUUAAGCCAAGACGCAAGUUCUGUUCCGUCGGAAGACUCUCCCACGAGGUCGGAUGGCAAUACGCUGAGGUUGUUGAGAAGCUUGAGACCAAGAGAAAGGUUAAGGGUGCAGCUUACUAUGAGCAAAAGAAGAAGGUCGAAAAAUUACAUGAGCAGGCUAAGAAGAACAUCGCUGCCAAGAUCGCUCCAUUCCAGAAAGUCAUAGAGAGUUUCGGAUACCAUUAA